AUGGAGGGAUGGAAAAAGCUGCUGCUCGCAGCAGCAGGUGCAGCAGGCGCCAGCUGCGUCUUGUACUACCUCUUACGAGAAGAGGCAGACAAGCAGGUUGCUGAUGCAGACGGCGAGGAGAAGGAGAAGAAGGAGAAGAAGCUGACCCCAGAAGGAGAGCUGGCACAGGUGCAGCAGAUCCUUUCCGAGAUAGUAUCCUCGCAAGAGCAGAUGCUUGGCCACAUGAAGAAUCUGACCAGGGAGUUGAUGACUGAGAAGCUGAGUUUUGACCAGACCUACAAGCGGCUCAAGCAAGUGCAGCCGGAUGAUCCUCUGGAGCGGUACGGCCUCACUUUCCAGCAGUUCGAUGCUUUGCUCGGCAAGCAUCAGAACGAUCCCAAGGCUGCAUGCCCGGUUGGUGCCAGGUUGAGGUAA